CUACUCUGCAAGACACAAAGUCAUCGCGCGGGUUUUACAGCAAAACUCGCCGGAUAUCGAUCGUCGCGACCGUCAUUUGUUUUUCUGUCGUAUUUGAAGGCCGGCCAUUUUAAUCGGUCUUAAGGUGCGCACAAGUGUCACAUCGGGAUGAUGUCCUCGGACAAAGAGCAGCAGCAGGCCGCCCCUGGCAAGGCCGAAGAUGAGAAGGAUGGAGGAAAGAAGAACGUGUUCAAGAACGAUGGCAGCUUUUUGGAAAUGUUCAAGAAGAUGCAAGAGGCCGCCAAAAAGGAACAGAAGCCAGAGGCCAAGCCGGAGGUAGCCGCCUCAAGCUCGCUGCUGGAGGAAAGCAAACCUCCGCCGGUUACAGUGGGCAAGCGGAGAGGAGGCCGAGUGCUGCCCACCGGACAAGUAAAAAAGCCCAAAAGCGAAUCUGACGGCGCCCAGACGAGCAACCCUCCCAAGGACGCCUGGUCAGCGUACAUGGCAGAGGUCAAGAAGUACCAAAGCUCCACCUGUGAAGAGGAGGGAAAAAACCGACCCCUUGUUAAAUAGUGCUCGCGAGAGAGGACAAUUAUUUAUAUAUUAUAACUGAUUUUGAUGUAUUAUUUUUCGUAUUUUCACAAGGCUAAUAGCUGUUAUGUUUUAUUAUGAUUGCACCAAUGAUUAUUUAAAAGUGCGGCGGACACUUAAAAAAUGCUGGUCCUUUGGAAUGCAACGACUGACCCCAAUUUCACGAAAUAGUGACUGUUGACUUCGGCAAGUUGUUCAUCUUUGACAAAA